AUGUUCCGUCAAGUCUUGGUCGACCAACGUCAUAUAAAAUGGCAAAAAAUUCUUUGGCGUGAAGCUUCCGACGUUCCUCUACAAAUAUACGAAUUGACAACGGUGACGUAUGGAAUGGCUUGUAGUCCAUUCAAUGCGGUACGAGCGCUGCGUCAAUGUGCGCAGGAUAAUUGUAAGGCCAUCAGUGAACCCAGCCGGGCUGCCGCAGCGCAACAUAGCAUCCUUUAUAAUUUUUACGUAGACGACUAUCUGGACAGUGUCGAUACGUCCGAACUAGCAAUCACGCGGGCACAAGAUGUGGAGACCAUCUUGAAGCAAGGUCAAUUUGUGUUGGGGAAAUGGAACUCCAACUGCUCACACACGCUUGCUACCAUCACUGGUUCGACAAUGUCUGCAUCCGAGCUGGAGUUGAACUAUUCAGCGACGAAGGUACUCGGUUUGCAUUGGGAUCCGUUGCAUGACGAGCUCUUCUUCACGGUACGGGGGUUCGACGAGUCAGCGAUGCCUACCAAACGGACAGUGCUUAGCGACGUAGCUAGAUUGUAUGAUCCGACUGGCUUAUUGGCACCGGUUGUCAUUGUGGCAAAACUCUUUAUCCAGGAUCUGUGGAAGGCGGGAUUGCAGUGGGAUUCGGCACUGCCACCGGACCUGCUCAAUGCUUGGUUAAUAUUCCGCAACGGGUUAGCGGACAUUUCACGACUUCGGAUUCCACGUUGGCUAGGCAUGCGUGCCGAUUCGAUGGUGAGGCUCCAUGGUUUCUGUGAUGCUAGUCGUAAGGCAUAUGCAGCUGCGGUGUAUGUCCAGACGGUGGAUCACAAUGGUAAUUCAGGUGCAGUUCUGGUAGCUGCAAAGACGAAGGUCGCUCCGGUCAAGGAAGCGACCAUACCACGCCUUGAGUUAUGA